UCGUAUCUUUGGGCAGUAGUAUUACAGAACAGAUUCUGACAUGUGGUUGUUUUAUUACCGCUGAUUUGUUGUGUUCUAUUAAUGUAUCUUUACGAAGCUCCUUGAUAACGCGUUGACCCCCACGGGCGAAGAUUAUAAAUCUUGACAGUUACAGCUGUCAAUGUAGAACUUUAACGCCUUCCUCCGGUUUUAGUUGGAUAGAUGGGGCAUCCGUCAUCUGAGUAUGGAGCAAGGGAACGUCGACAAUGACUGCAACAACGGUGUGGCGAGACACCGGCGGUCGGCUUCUAGGAGGAUGGGGUCCACUUCUUUGUGUUCUCGUCGGGGCUCUGAUGGCACUGGUACUUCCCCGGGUUGGAGUCGAGGACGAGUGCUGUGCCAAAUUAAAGGGCAUUGCUCACGUACGGUGUCAGGUGUGGGGAAGGUCUCAACGGCACACCGUGCAGUCGACCAGUCUCACCGUCCCGUUCACAGCCCUCGACCUCCUUCCGUAUAGGUCCAAGCCGAGCAAAGAGACGGAGCAGGAAGCACGGGCGGCUUUGCAGCAGGCUGUGGAGAUGAAGAAACUGGGCAAGAGGGACAAGGCCCACAGACUACUGGUCCACGCGCUUAACAUGAACCCAGACUUCGUGGACGCACUGACGGAGCUGGGCACCAUCCUGGAGGAGGAGAAGGAUGUGGUCCAGGCAGACCACUUCUACACCAAGGCCCUGGCCAUCUCACCCUGCAACCAGAGGGCUCUGGUCAGCCGGGACCGCACGCUCCCCCUGGUGGAGGAGAUCGACCGGCGCCACUUCAGCGUCAUCGACAGCAAGGUGCGCCGGCUCAUGUCCAUCCCCAAAGGGAACUCGGCCCUGCGGCGCGUGAUGGAGGAGACCUACUACCACCACAUCUACCACACGGUGGCCAUCGAGGGCAACACCCUCACGCUGUCGGAGAUCCGCCACAUCAUCGAGACGCGCUACGCCGUCCCCGGCAAGAGCCUGCUGGAGCAGAGCGAGGCCAUCGGCGUGGACGCCGCCAUGAAGUACAUCAACACCACGCUGCUGUCGCGGGCCGGCGCCAUCGCCGUCACGGACAUCCUGGAGAUCCACCGGCGCGUGCUGGGCUACGCCGACCCGGUGGAGGGCGGCCGUCUACGGACCAGCCAGGUGUUUGUGGGUCACCACAUCCCGCCGCACCCCCAGGACCUACAGCGGCACAUGGAGGAGCUGGCGCAGUGGCUCAACUCGGAGGAGGCGCUGCAGCUCCACCCCGUGGAGUACGCGGCGCUGGCCCACUACAAGCUGGUCUACGUGCAUCCGUUCGUGGACGGGAACGGGCGCACGUCGCGCCUGCUGAUGAACGUGGUGCUCAUGCAGGCGCGCUACCCGCCCAUCACCAUACGCAAGGAGCAGCGGGUGGAGUACUACAACGCCCUGGACACGGCCAACGAGGGCGACGUGCGGCCCUUCAUCCGCUUCAUCGCCAAGUGCACGGAGAUCACCCUGGACACACUGCUUAUCGCCACGUCAGAGCACCCCGUGGGGCUGCCUGGGACCGGCCACGAACAAGCCUGUCCUGACUGCCAACAGACCAUCCCCAUCCACAACUAGGAGGCCAGAGAACAUCCCCAUCGACAGCUAGGAGGCCAGAGACGCUCCCCAUCAACUAAGGGACCAGAGACCUGUCUGUUUGUGUGUAAGGUGAACAUGCAAGGCCCCAAUUAACCCACAGAAAAGCAAUGAGGACAUACUUUCAAGUGUUUCAUUUUUUUGCCUAAAAAAAUGAACGUUCUCGUCUUUGGAUGUUUGGCAAUGAUGAGCAGGUUUUUCAAAAAAAAAAAAAAUAGGAUUUUAGAAUCACGUCUACUACUUACCUCCUGAAGCAGAAACUGCUGACUCAUUGCAGUUAAAUGCCAUCAUGUAUUUAUUAAUUUAUUUGUCAAAUAUUUGAGUAACCUGUGAUUGUAAAUGAGUAGAUGGGGACGCACUGAUCUACAAUCAAAGAGGGCAAACCUUUAGAAAUGAUUUUAUGGGAAAGCUGAAAUACAGUUCUUUAUUAAAACAACUUUAGAACAUUCAGUCCAAAGAAUUAUUAUGACUUUUGCAGCACAUAAAGAAAUCAUUGUUACCUUACUGAACAUUAAAAGGAGAAAGUCUGCCACAAUUGAUUGUUUUAAGGACAAUCUGUAUGCUUUUGGAUAUAAAUUGAAUGAUGACUUAAGUUUAUCCUCGAUCAGGUCACUUAGGUAAUAGAAUCCACAUAUAGGUUUUAAGCCAUCUUCUUCCAAAAUCGAAUGACUGAACAGUAUGCAUAAAAAAAGAAAUCCAAACUGCAUUCCAAAUCAUGCAUUUCCACCCACACAUACACAUGAAAAUAAUUUAUUUGUAACAUGACUUUCAUCAAAAAUCUGCAUAGAUUAUUUUUGAAAUGCAGGGUAUCUGCAAAGUAAACACUAAUCUUAAUCCGAAGAACCUAGGCUACAAAAAUGUUAGCUAGUUAGCAAAGAUUUAGCAUUACCUUUACACCACAAUAGCGAGGAUAACUAACUUUCCUCCUGAACUAGUUUAUUAUAGUAAUACAGUAAACCAAAGGUCAAGAUUCACAUUUUUUUUAUAUAUAAAAAAGUUUCAAGAUAUGAAAAUUAAACUUUUAGAUUGGAAAGGGAAGAUCAGAUGAUUUAGGAAACCUCUUUAUUUCCUAUCAGCUGUACAACUUGUGGUCUCCAAACCCCUUUGUUGGCAUGUAUUAGAAAGGGAACAAUAUAUCUAACCCAACUUAGUCUUAACAAAACAAAAUGUAGCAAAAGUUGUGGUUUUAGACUCAUGUCCCGGACAUAAGAAAGCAAUGUAUU